ACCCAAACAGUAGCAAAUACAAGUUCCGGAACAUGCUAAUCCUUGUAGCCAAACAGUUAGCUCAUUGACGCGCAGCAUAACGAAACCAUGAAACGGAGGUGAGAAAAAUGCAGAUAGAUAGACGAGUGAAGGAGGAAAAGAGAAGAAAGCAAAAUGGGAGGAGGAAUGGAGACUAACAAGAAUAGGUUUAUAGAGGACUGGAGCAGUGCUCGUGAGAAUCUCGAGUACAACUUUCGCUGGACUCGACGCAACUUCGCCCUCGUUGGAUUAUUCGGCAUCGCUAUUCCCAUCUUCAUCUACAAGGGCAUCGUCAAAGAAUUCAAUAUGCAAGAUGAGGAUGCAGGCAGGCCAUACAGGAAGUUCCUUUGACUUUCUUCUUUAAAUUGCUAGGCAAUCGAUAAUAAUUGCACCAAAAGUAAAACUGGUUUUCCAUUAGGACCCCUUUUACCAUAUCUGGGAAUUGCUUAUUUUUCUUUGUUGAUCUAUAAUGUUGUGUUUUUUGAAGUCUGCCAAUCUGCUGAGAAUUCUGUAUGGUUUGCUAUAAUCAUCUUUGAUUCAGUA